AUGGCAUAUUCCAUUGGGCCUGAUGGCCCGGCGGAAAAGGAUCACGCCGCAAGUGACUCGCAGGAAAAUCUCGGCGAGAAAGGAACCGUCACCGUGUUGCCGGACAAGUUUGAGGACGACGGCAUCAAGCGUGGCAAUUACGGUGUUGAGUCAGACCGUGAAAGCGCCGAGGUGGUGAUCGUGACUGGCGCAGAUGCAGCUCUACAUCUGCUGCCGCUUCGUGAUGAUUUCGAUCGUGCCUUGACCUUCCGGAGCAUGGUUCUCGCUACCGGUCUCUCGUGUUUCUCGGCGGUUAUGUACCAAAUCUAUCAGUUCAAACCCACUCAAAUUACCAUCCAAGGAACGUUCAUUGUCCUCAUUGCCUACUUCGCGGGUAACGCCUGGGCAUACCUCUUGCCCCGCGGUGAGCAAGUUGAAGCACGUUGGAGAAGCCGUGGGGGACAAGGCAGCUUGCCACUGUAUGUCAAGCUUGCCAAGUUCUUCAACAACGGCGAAUGGUCUCUGAAGGAGCAUGCCAUUUGCUCCAUCACCGCUACAUCUGCCUCCAAUGCGGCCAUUACCUGUUCAGUCUUCGCCGCGCAGGAUCUCUUCUACGACAUGCCCUUGCGACCCGCGCAGGUCAUCCUCAGUGUUAUCUCCGUGGGUCUGUUUGGUUAUGGUCUGGCUGGUUUGAUGCGUCCAAUUGCCGUUUGGCACACCGAAGCCGUUUACUGGAGCACUCUUCCUACCGUCAAGAGUCUGCAAGCCCUGCACUGGCAGGAGGUGAGGAACUCGAAGCCCCUCCGAGUCUUCUGGUAUGCGUUUGGAGGCAUGGCGCUCUGGGAGAUUCUCCCUGCCUAUGUCUUUCCCUGGCUGAAUUCUAUCUCAAUUCCGUGCUUAGCAUCCCAAAAAGCGACUGGCGAGACUGCUAGCAUUCUGACGACCAUUUUCGGAGGGGCCACCAACAACGAAGGGCUUGGAUUCUUCUCCCUCAGCUUGGAUUGGCAAUACAUCACCUCUUUCCAAACAUCGCUUCCUCUCAAACUCCAAUUUCAUCAAUUUGCCGGUCUCGUGACAUGCUCCUUCAUCAUGCUUGGGAUCUACUAUGGCAACGCGUGGGGCUCCAAAUCGCUUCCCUUCAUGUCCACAAGACUUUUGAACGACGAAGGCAAGGCAUAUCCUUUGACGAAGAUCUUCCCCGGCGGUCAACUCGACGAAUCUGCGCUGGCCAAGUAUGGCAUCCCGAGACUGACAGGCGCCUUUGCUUUUGCAAUGUUCAUGGCCAACGCUGCGAUCGGUGCUCUGAUUGCACACUGCGCUCUUUUCUGGGGGAAAGAUAUCAAAAAGGCUUACUUCAGCGCCAAAGAGGGCCGUUCAGACGACCGUCAUCACGAACAUAUGGCUGAACACUACAAGGAGGUCCCGUGGCUGUGGUAUGCGGGUAUCUUACUCGUCAGCUUCAUUCUUGGCCUCAUCGUCGUGCUGAAGGAGAAUAUCACGCUUCCGGCCUGGGCUUAUGUUGUGUCUUUGCUUACGGGUAUUGUGGUCUCACCUUUUAGCACCAUUUUGUUCUCCCGUUUCGGAAACGGUAUCGCGACCAACAACCUGUCCAAGAUGAUUGCUGGUUUCAUUCUGCCCGGUCGUCCCGUCGGAAACAUGUACUUUGCUGCAUGGUCCCACAACGUCAUUAGCAACUGUGUCAACCUGGCGCAGGACUUGAAGAUGGGUGAAUAUCUCAAGGUACCACCGCGCGUAAUGCUUGCUACUCAGCUCUACGGCACUAUCCUCGGUGGUUUCAUCAACUAUGUGAUGAUGAUCUCCAUUAUCUCAGGAAACCGCAACGAACUUGUCAACACCAACGGGAGCUCCUCCUGGAGUGGUGCGACCAUUCAGGCGUUCAACACCAAUGCCACGGCCUGGGCCUUGUCGGCUUAUCUGUACAAGUCGGGAGGACGCUAUGCUAUUGUUCCCAUUGGUAUUGCCAUUGGCGCUGCAGUCGUCGUUCUUCACCGUCUGAUCGUCAAGUUUGUCCCCAAGAUUGGCCGCUUCGACCUCAACGAGCUCAAUCUGCCCCAGUUCAUCCAGUACGCCGGUUACAUUCCCUACAAUCAGAGUCAGACCUGCGUGCUUAUGAGCUGGACAAUUGCCGGGUUCUACGUGCAGUACUACCUGCGCAACUACCGUCCCCGCAUCUUCAAGGACUACUCGUACCUGGUUACCGGUGCCUUUGAUGGUGCCAGUCUCACGGUGUUGUUCAUUCUCUCUUUUGCGGUCUUUGGUGCCGGUGGAAAGCAAUACCCAUUCCCCUUGUGGUGGGGCAAUAACCAGGACGGGACCCUUGACUGGUGUCCCUCUGAGUAA